AUCAAUGGUCUGCUGCGGCGACCACUCACCGAAAACUCGUGUACCGUGCGUCGUCAAGUUAGCAACAGCGGUUAAGCAGCUUGACUGGCGCGAAACCGGCGUCAAGAGUAAAGCGAUCGUGCUGUAUCGUCCCGUGGUUCGUCCGCGACGCGUCUUCUACGAUCAAUCCGUUUCCGAUCCGGCCCAGCCCGUCCAAUUAGAGCACGAUGCACGGGACGGGAGAUGCAAGCAGCUUGAAAACCGGCCUGAUCGACUUCGUUGCCGGAUGUUUAGGUGGAGUGGCACUGGUAUACGUCAGCCAACCGAUGGACACGGUGAAGGUGAAAAUGCAGACCUUUCCCGGAUUGUACCGGGGGAUGAUCGACUGCACGGUGCAAACGUUCCGGCGUGACGGAGUGGUGCGUGGUUUGUACGCUGGCUGCAUACCGGCCGUCGUGGCGAAUGUGGCCGAAAAUUCAGUAUUAUUUGCGGCAUACGGUGCGUGUCAGAAGGUGGUGGGGUACGCUACAGACAAACAAACCAUCAUCGAACUGAACAUGGUGGAGAACGCAACCGCUGGCUUUCUGGCGGCCUUCUUCUCCUCCUUCACGCUCUGCCCGACCGAGCUGAUCAAGUGUAAGCUGCAAGCGUUGCGCGAAACGCAAUCACAGCAGCACUCGUCCAGGACAGGCACUGCAGGCCGGCCCACCAUAUCCUCGUACGCGCUCGUUCGUCAGAUCCUGCGUUCCGAGGGUAUUCCAGGGAUGUUCCGGGGCCUCACGUCGACAUUUGCACGUGAAAUGCCCGGCUAUUUCUUCUUCUUCGGUGGCUAUGAGGGAACGCGCGAGUUGCUGGCGAAACCGGGACAGUCGAAGGAGGAUAUCGGGCCGCUUCGCACGAUGGUAGCAGGUGCGGUAGGCGGGAUCGCCCUCUGGACCAUUAUCUUCCCGGCCGACGUGAUCAAAAGCCGUAUCCAGGUGUACAGCAUGCGAUCGAGCAUGACUAGCGUUGCUAUCACCAUCUUCCGGAACGAGGGUCUGCUGGCGUUCUAUAACGGUCUAGUGCCAACCAUUGUUCGAACCAUUCCUGCCACCGCCGUACUGUUCGUCGUAUACGAGUACACGAAACGGACGCUGAGCAAACUGCUCGAUUGACGGCACGAUCCCCGCUAGCAGACGCUGCGGCCACGUUAGUGCAAUUAAAUCUAAUCUCACAGUUUGCCCCAACAGGGGGCUGAAAUCAUGUGCGAUUGGCGUUUUCGCUUUCUUUUCGUUCAUUCAUAGUACUUCGCCAGCGAACCGAGCGGUAUCUUUAUCAUCUUGAAUUUCUGGAGUUAUGCUCUGGUCUGGCACUGAUUAAAGGUUCGUUCUGUCGGCUUCUGCAUUGGGGCAUUGGGAGAUCGGCUUACGGACGACGGAUCUCAUGUGUAGCUUACGCAUAGAUAGCAGGUGGCUACCCCAUGCCGGGUGUUUUUGUGUUUUGCCGGGCGUCGUUCACUGUUCGGCCGAAACUUCUCAGGACAGGGCUUCAGCCGCGCGAUGGAUGGAUUGAACUGUAAACAUUUAAUCGAGAACGGAUGAUUGUCAGCACGAAA